AUGUUCAGGAUUGGGAGACCACUUGGGCUGCAAACUAUGCGGACAGUGAGUCCGCUGGUGAUAGCAAAUAGAACUCAAAUAUAUCGUUCGAUUCGGCUGUACAGCUCGAGCGAAAAGGACUCUGGAAAGAAGGAAGUUGUCAAAUCUGAUGGCCCGCCACCAGCGUUGACAUUGAGACAGAAAAUCAUGAAGGAGGUCCAGCACUACUGGCAUGGAACCAAGCUUCUAGGAUACGAGGUGAAGGUGUCGUCUAAAUUAUUGAUUAAGAUGUUGGCUGGACAUGAGUUGACCAGAAGAGAAACCAAUCAGUUGACAAGAACCACCACGGACAUCUUGCGACUUGUCCCUUUCUCGGUGUUCAUUCUUGUUCCAUUUGCCGAGAUCUUGCUACCAGUGGCAUUGAAGCUAUUCCCAAACAUGCUUCCGUCCACUUACGAAUCUGAAAAAGACCGUAAGAGAAAGACCUCGAAUCUUGCAAAUACAAGGCAGAAGGCCUCGAAUUUCAUCCAGAAGACUUUCCGUGAAAGCGGAUUGAUUUUGCCAACCAAGAUAGACGACGCUGACAAGGAGCUGUUUGUCAAAUUCUUCAAAACCCUGAACAAAGGACUCAAACCGAGUCACGAAGAGUUGACGAAAAUUGCCAGAUGUUUCAAAAACGACCAGGUUCUUGACAAUCUUUCCCGUCCCCAGCUUGUGGCUAUGUCGAGGUACAUGGGUAUUUCUCCAUAUGGAACAGAUGAGAUCUUGAGAUACCAGAUCAGACACAAAUUAAUGAGAAUCAUCAAGGACGACCGUGCCAUUGACUACGAGGGAGUCGAGAGUCUGAGUGUGCCUGAACUGAAAGUUGCGUGUGCCUCGCGUGGUAUCAAGACCAUUGGAGCUUCUCCAGCCCGGUUGAGAGACGACCUCAAAAUUUGGCUGGACCUGCGACUGAGGCAGAAGAUCCCUUCGUCUUUGCUGAUUUUGUCGUCGGCGUUCACAUACGGAGAGCAUGCGGAUGACUUUGAGAGUUACUACGAUGCGCUACUGAGUGUUCUGACGUCGAUUCCAGAUGAGCUGUAUAACGUUGCCAAAUUGGAGAUGUUCCAAGACGAUGACGCUCUGAAGCUGAGUAUUCUGAAAGAACAGGACGAGCUGAUCAAGGAGGAGAACGAGCGGAGCAAGGACGUCAAGACAGAACUUCUCGAUUUCUCUGAGCAUUUCGGUGUCCUCUCUGGUGACCAAGUUGAUGGCCACACCCUUUCUACCAAAUCUACCACCUCUACCGAUUCUGUGGAUGUAGUUUUCUUUGUUGGAUGGCAAGUCGUAGUUGAUAACCAACGAAACCUGUUGGACAUCGAUACCUCUGGCCAACAAGUCGGUGGAGAUCAAGAUUCUGGAAGAACCGGUUCUGAACUCGUUCAUAAUGGUGUCUCUGUCCUGUUGACUCAAGUCGGAGUGGAUAGCAGACACAGUGAAGUUGUUUUCGGUCAACUGUUGAGUCAAGAUCUCAACCUUUCUUCUGGUGUUACAGAAGAUGACGGCUUGGGUGACGGAGAUAGAGUCGUACAGGUCACACAGACAGUCGAAUUUGUAUUGCUCUUCAUCAACAUCGAUGAAGAACUGCUUGAUACCUUCCAAAGUCAACUCGUCCUUCUUGACGAGGAUUCUGACAGGGUUUCUCAUGAACAUGGAGGUAACUUCCAAAACAUCUUGAGGCAUAGUAGCAGAGAGCAACACAACUUGGGUGCUGGUUGGCAAGAAACGGAAGAUGUUGUAGAUUUGCUCUUUGAAACCGGUGGACAACAUCUCAUCAGCCUCAUCCAUGAUGAACAUCUUGAUGGCAUCAGUCUUGAAAUAACCUCUCUCGAUCAUGUCGUGAACUCUACCUGGGGUACCAACAACGAUCUGGGCACCGUUUCUCAAAGCUUCGAUAUCCUCUUGGACAGCCUUACCACCAAUAGAAGCGUGGACAGUCAGGUCUAA